ACUUCGACGAGGCGGACAGCAUCUCGCUCUUCGUCAACACCUCCCUCUCAAGACGCAACCAUGAACAUCCUCGACACACUCUUCGGGCGCUCCAUGACGCCCGCCGAGCGGCUGCGACAACACCAGCGCAGCCUGCAGAAGGCCCAGCGCGAGCUGGAGCGCGAGCGCGCGAAGCUUGAGCAGCAGGAGAAGAAGACGAUGGCGGACAUCAAGAAGAACGCCAAGGCCGGCAACAUGAACGCAUGCAAGAUCCUCGCCAAGGACCUCGUCCGCACGCGCCGGUACAUGCAGAAGUUUACGCAGAUGCGGGUGCAGCUGCAGGCUGUGUCGCUGCGGAUGCAGACGCUGCGUUCGAACGAGCAGAUGGCGAGCGCGAUGAAGGGCGCCACGCGUGCGAUGGGGCAGAUGAAUCGCUCGCUCAACCUUCCACAGAUUCAGAAGAUCAUGAACGACUUCGAGAAGGAGAGCGCGACAAUGGACAUGAAGGAGGAGAUGAUGAGCGAUGCCGUGGACGACGCGAUGGAGGACGAGGACGAGGAAGGCGAGGAGGUCGAGAGCGACAAGAUCCUCAAGGAGGUGCUGGACGAGAUCGGCAUGAACAUGAGUGACUCGCUCGCAAGCGCACCAACGGCCAACCCCGCUGUCAAUGAGCCGAUGCUCAGUGCACGUGUGGCGGUCGCGGAAGGCGCGGGUGCAGCCAGUGCACCGACCCCGCCCCCGGGCGGCGGCGGGAGCGAAGAGGACGAUCUCCAGCGCCGUCUUGACAUGUUGAGGCGCGACUAGGUGUAUGAUUAGGAUUUAGAGGGAGGCAUAGACAUGCGAUUAUUUACAUCUAAAGAU